UUCUUUCCCAUAAAUGAUGAUCCUGGUGCACAUCAACCUGAAACAAAAGCCAUUAUGCAUUGGUUGGAGGAAAUGCACUUCACAGCAUCUGCUAGUCUGCAUGGGGGAGCACUUGUAGCAAAUUAUCCAUGGGAUGGGACUGAGAACAAAAGAAAAUAUUAUUAUGGCAGUCCAGAUGAUGAAACAUUCAGACACAUGGCUAGCAUCUACAGUCAUUCCCACCAUAACAUGUCUCUAAGCGAGGAGUUUCCAGGAGGAAUAACAAAUGGUGCAUAUUGGUAUCCAAUCUAUGGAGGCAUGCAAGACUGGAAUUACUUACAUGCUGGCUGUUUUGAACUGACUCUAGAGAUAAGUGAUGACAAAUGGCCUAACGCACGUGAGCUUCCUACUCUUUUUGAGUAUAACAAGAUGAGUAUGCUCAAUCUUGUCGCAAGCCUUGUGAAGACAGGAAUACACGGAAGGAUUUUCUCAUCAGAUGAAGGCAGGCCUUUACCUGCCUUAAUAGCUAUAAAAGGAAUAAAUUCCACGGUGCGUUCUUCAUUUGCAAAUCCUUUGGUCAUCGUGCAUAAGUUGUAAAGAUAUAUUCUGGAUUUGAUGUGAUAUCACCCGGUCUUACUGUGUGUCUUCAUAUCAAUAUCAGGAACUUCAUCUUAGAGUAUUUCUAAAACUCAUUUAGGCCCUCAUAAUUACUUCAGCUCUAAUCUUUAAAUUAUGUGUAAAAAGUAAUAUUUCAGGUCUACUCAUCUUAUUUUAUUCUGUGGA